UGGACAAAGUUCUAUGCGACCAAUUUUCGACGCUGCGAACAAGAUCAUUUUUGGUUGCACAGAACUUUGCUUAUUAUGAAAACAAAAGAUGCAUAUAUAUAAAAUAAACUGUUCUUUGUAGAUUGUAGAGCUUUUCACGCUGUAUCUUGCAGUAUAUUUUCUUUUCUUUUAAUACAACAUAUUAGGCGAUAAAAAGACGAAAUAAAAAAAAAUGAAUUCGUAGUGUACCAAAAACUGAUCUUGUUUGCAGCGUCGAAAAUUGGUCGCACAGAAUUUCGUCCAUUUUGAAAACAAAGAGCGCAUGUAUAAAAUAAGGUUUUCAAUGUAACUUAUUGAACUUUUCAUGCUGUGUCUUAUGGUAUACUUUGCUUUUCAAAUAGACGUACUUAACGAUAAAAAAAAGAGAUACAAACAUCGGUUAACUUUGAAAGUUGGGUACUUUUAAUGUGUCGGAUAAUCUUCGUUUAACGCUUUUCCUUAACUUUCUACACAAAUAAGUUUGAUUAUGAUUUUACAGAGAAUUUGACGGUGCAUCUUUUGGAAAUACAAUUAGCUCUAAAGACCAAAAAGAAAAAAAGUUAUAGUCAAAAUACUGAGAGGUCCAUUUAAUCUGGACCACUCGUUAGAAUCAAUGACUCUAAUAGAAAGAACGAUGAUAAUACAGUGAUUUCGUCGCUUAUUGUAUACAGCGCUGGCUAAAGCGCCUUCUGUCUGAUACUUUGCUAAAUUAUUCUUAUGUAAAUCACUAUAAAUCGGCAUAUCACACAUACAGUACUCCAUUAUUGUUGGCCUGAAUCUCUUGAAUGAUAAACUAGAUGACGGUCUAUCUGACUACAUCAUUGACAUAGGCAGAACUUGCCUAUCCAAAAUUCGCCCGUUAAAGGGUUAAAUAUGUUGCUUAGUCCAAAACAGAUGUCACCAGAAGAAGAUUUCAUCUGUUCUAGUUUUUACCUAAAAGACUUGUCUCGAUAGAAGGUUAUAUUUCGUUGGAGGUUCAGUAGUUAAACUCGAAUGUAUUUGUAGAAGAUCGUGGGUCGGCGGAUGUAGUCGUUGAUGUUACUGUGAAGAGAAAAAUAUUCACAAACUUCUACGAAUUUGCCUGAAUCCAAUUGUUGAAACUCCGGCAAAAUGUAGAGACUAUGCUAUUAAGACAAGUCUUUUGUAUAAAAAUUAGGAAUAAUAAACUAAUUAAUUAUGAUAAAAUGUUAUAUAUAUACUCAACAGAUCGUAUUUGAUCCAGAUUAAUUUCUGGUUAUGAAUUCAUUCGGCAGAAAUAGACUAAUUCACUGUACUCUGUAGAACCUCUAUGCGUGCCUUAACUUGCGAAUUUUUUAUUUCAUGGGUCCUUAAUCUUACCCUAGUUGGACCAGUCUAAAAGUGAUACAUAGCUAAAUAGCAUCAUGUAAGCUGUUGACUAGAUUGCUUUCUUUCAUCAUGGAUGUUUCCUACUACAGUUCUUUCAUUUUUGAAGGUUCGUAUCCCAAUAUCAUUGUGAAUAAGUGAGUAAAUCUUUUUUGAUUAUCUUAAAAAACAAACAUUUAUUUACAGUUUUUAUAAUAAACAUUUCUUUUUUCGAUUGUUAGAUCCAAGUGAUAUCAAACGUAGUUUAUGUCAAACAAUGCAAGCUAUACGUUCCAUAAAUUAUUUUCGUGAUACUAUUAAUACUGCGUUAAAUUAUUUUGGUCGAAAACAAAAACGAAUAAAAAAAGUUCAAUCAAAUCAAUGUUCAAAUGAAAAUAAUGAUGAUGAUUUAAUUGAAAUCAUUGCUGAAGAUGAAAAUGAAAUUCCAAUAAUUGAACCAACAAAUUCUUUACAUAGUUCAUAUAAUUUAUUUUAUAAACGUUUACCAUUAACAAUUGUACGUGAUGUAAAUAUUCGACAAAGUCGUGUACGUGAUUAUUAUAAGAAGACAUUUGAAACAAAAAUAUCAGAACCAAUUAUUAAAAUAAAUUCUUUAGUUGAUCAACAAAAUGAAAAUUUAAAUGAGAAUGAAAUUGAAGAAGCAUUUCAACAUGAUCUUGAACAUAAUUUUGAAACUAUGGAUGCUAAUGAUGAUGAACAGAAUAAUUCAUUAGAUAUAAUUGUACCAAAUAAUGAUAAUGAUUAUGAUGACAAUUUAAACACAGAUUUCGAUGAACUUAAUAUUGAGAACGAUAUUGAUCAAAAACAAUCAGCAGUGUUAGUUAAACUAGAAUUUUCCAAAUGA